GCAGAGAGCGGUGGAGCUCACAGAGCGAACAUUAGUCUGUGAGUAGAAGAGAAGAAGAGCAUUGUUGGAUGACGGUGGACGCUGUAGGUUAAAAACUAAGUGACAAUCGACAGAUUAACACAAUAAAAAAUCAUCUUCAUAGGCUUUAACUGAAGAACCAGAAGUGUUAACACAUACUGUCCAAAAUGGUUAAUGUCUUGAAAGGAGUUCUCGUUGAAUGUGACCCAGCUAUGAAGCAAUUUCUUCUAUAUCUGGAUGAGACGUCAGCAUUGGGGAAGAAAUUUAUCAUCCAGGAUUUGGACGACACGCAUGUUUUCAUCCUGGCUGAAGUUGUGCAGAUUCUCCAGGAGCGAGUAGGAGAACUGAUGGACCAGAAUUCAUUCCCCAUCACCCAGAAAUAAAUGUCUGAAUCUGACAGCAGACCUGACAAUCUGUGGGAGCAGAUGGAUGAGGAGAUUCUUUCAGCACAAUUGCACAAACACAGAUGCAACUAAAAUAUAUAGAUGACUGGCUACCAGGAUGAUGCCCGUUAUCCUUGUUUUAGUUUGACUGUGUUGCAUACAUUUUUCAUUUGAUGGAGUUAUGUGCUUUGUUACAUGUGUUUUAAAGACAGCUUCUUGAAUCUUUGCUUUUCUGACAGCAUUUUCAAUGAAUUGUGUUUUGCAUGGAAAAUUGCAUUAGCUGCAGAAAGAAACAAAGUUUUUUUUUUCAGCAUUUCAAAAUUGUUCACAAACUGAAAGCAGAUGGUUGAUGACAGUGUGAUUUAUAUACAUGCAUAAUAUACAAACAUCAAAUAAAAACAACGUUAAAAAAAACA